CUUUACAGUUAUUGAUCUGAAAAGAAACAAUACAGAACUGACUUCAGCAAUUUACAGCAGAACUGAAUUACGUUUACAUCAUUGAUCAUUAUUUUUCUGUUUAUCACUGUAAAGCUGCUUUGAAACAAUCUGUAUUGUAGAAAGAGCUAGGCUAUAAAUAAAGGCUACUUGAACUGACUAGAAGUUGACAACUUAAUUCAGUAAUUUACUAUUAAUUAACUGUCAAACAUAUAUGAAAAGCAACCAACAUUUAACAUUAGAUCAGACUGGAAUUAGAAAUAUAGUGAAAAUGUUGUUUAAAUGAAUGUUAUGUGUGUUUUUGGCAGCUAGUGAAUGUGAUGGUGGGCAUGAUGUGUUUGCCACAGUCAAAGAGAACAGCCUGAUGGGAACAUUUAUUGCCAACCUCAGUUUCACUGCACACCCAUCAGCCAAUCACAUGCACUUGAAGCUUUUUGGAAAAGAUGCUGGUUGGUUUUAUUUGGAGGGAAGAACCGUCAGAUUGAACUCAACGUCAACUAGGAUUAUUGACCGUGAGAUACACGGCUCCAUUUUAACAGCAACUGUAAGGUGUUACAAACAUAAAACCCUACAAGCUGAACACAGGAUCAUGGUGGAGGUUCUGAACGAGAAUGACAACAAACCCGAAUUCCUACAAAGCUCCAUACAACCUCUGCAGCUCAGCGAGUUGACAGCGGUGAACUCUGUAGUGUUUACAGUCCAGGCCAUAGAUGCUGAUGGAGACACACUCACAUACAUCAUUGAUGAAAAAUCACCUGAUGCCAGGUAUUUUCGAGUGGACUUGCAUAACAGUGGCAAAGUGAUUCUCAACAAGUCAUUGGACUAUGAGAUCAAAACUCAGCUCCGACUGACUAUUUAUGCAGUGGAGACUAACACAAAUGAGCACUACAACACAACAGCAACAGUAAUCAUCAAUGUGACAGAUGGGGACGACCAAUACCCACAAUUCCAGCCUUGCACUCUUCUCUCAGCCAAUCACAGCAACCGCAUAUGUGCCAACCCACUGUACACUGCCAACAUCACAGAGAAUGAGCAGGACAUUGUCUUGGAUUUCUUUCCCGGUCCAAUUCAAGCUUUGGAUGGCGAUGAGGGUCUCAGAACGCCAGUAAAGUACUCCAUCUUAUCAGGGGCAGAUAAUGGCAGAUUUGUCAUUGACAGUAGUUCUGGAGAAGUGAGGUUAACCAGACGUGUGAAGAACAGACUGCUGAUCCCGACACUGAGACUGCGUGUUAUGGCAGCUCAGACGGAUGACCCUCUGAAGUAUGCAGUAGCCACGGUUCUGGUGAGAGUUCUUGCAGAAAACAGGUUUCCGCCCCAGUUCAACCGUUCAGCAUACCGUGGCUUUGUCAGUGAGAGCACAAGUCCUGCCUCGCUUGUUAUGACGUAUGGCAACAAAUUACUUAUCCUGGAGGCCACGGAUCAAGACUUCACGGAUGGUUUCAAUCCCAGACUGCAGUAUUCUCUAAACUCUCAACACAACAGCUCUCGGUUCUUUUACAUUACACAAGAGGGACUGCUCAUUGCUAAAACCAACCAACUACACCCCAGCCACAAAUACUUCCUAGAGGUUCUAGCCACUGACCUUGAAUCAGGAGACAUUGUUAAAGCUGCAUUACAUGUGGAAGUUCUUCAGAAAGGCCAGCCAGUUCCACAGGGUCCUUUGGGGGCGGGGCAUCUGUAUAGCAGUGAGACAGUGGGCAAGGCAGAGGGCGUGGCAGGGGUGUGUCUGAUCCUGCUGGCCAUUGCCUUAUUUACGCUGGUACGCUGCAUACGGAUGAACAGAGAGAAGCGGGAUCAUGCCAUCCGGAACAAUGUGGCUGACAGUACACACCCUAAUGUGAGUCUGAGAUGGUUCCAGAUGGUGAACCACAGCCGACAGAUGCCCCUAGUGGAGGAAACGUUCUCAUAUCACAACGAGGCAUUCAGCGAGUACGACUACUCAACCUCACCUUUCUACGGCAAACAGGGCAUCUACACCAAAAAACAGGAAUCACCACCAUCAUCAUCUAUCAACUUACCAUCAGUUAACUUCAACAAAUCCUUAAGGGAACCAAGACGCAAUUAUCUGGCACUGCGGCCCAACGGGAGGCCAGUGAAUAGGUUUAACAAUAAAACAGUGACAUUUCGUGACUACGUUGUGGUUCGGGAAUGUGAUGAAGAGGGUGAAGGAUAUAUGGACACUAUGUUCACAACAGAGGCAGAAGUCUGUACUGAUUUAGAUGAAAUGAACAUGGAUUGUGAAUUAGCAGACGACAACUAUAUCACAGAAGAAUUUACAAUACAAUCAAAAAGAACCAUUUCAUAUUGUGAAGACAUAAACGAGUCAGAGAUGCUCAAUACACACCUAAAAAGAAUCAAGCGAGACUACGAAAUACAGAAUACUGACCAUACAGAGGUAAAAACUGACUUAGAAGAUAUAAUUCAUGCAAACCCACUGGAAUUAAGGCUCCAAAAAAAAGCGCCAAAGCACAGAUUCAAGUCUGACCUGGACAGAAUACAAACAGACUUAACUGAAAGUCAAGAAAGAGAUCCUACACAAGCAGAAUUCUCAAUUUUUAAAGAAGAGCCAUAUAUCAUUAACCCUGAAGACUUGGUUUCAGAGGCCAACAAACCCGUCAAAUAUUCAGAAAACUUUAAAUCCGAUGAAAUCAGAAAAUCUGGUGAUCUUGGUAUAGAUCCUCAGGUUUCAGCAGUUGAAAGUUCUGUACAAAAGUUUCAGGAUGCAAGUAACCAGGACACUGCUACACCAAAAAUCUUAAACACUCUAAGCACAUUAACACUUGAUUCAAGUCAAUACAAUGGAUCAGAACAAUGUCUGGCAGCAGAGACAAACAGCAUCGAAAGCUUGAAUAUGUAUUAUGUCAACGAGGACAUUGCAACAAAUUUAGAUGACAGUAGCCUAGAAGAGGAGUCUGCAUCUAACCUAGAUACAAGUGGUCAACAGCUGAACUAUGUUCAUGAUUCUCAUGACACACAGGUAGAAUGUUUCCAUGAACUCGACGUGGAUGAAAGUAACGAUGGGAGAUGAAGAUUGAUGAAAGCUAAAAUGCUCUGCAACUCUUGUUUGAAAUUACAAUAUUGAGCUUUAGCACCAAAUGAGCCUUCGUAAAAUGGGAAAAGAAGCAUCUGCAGGGCAAUGAACAGAUGGUUCAGUAAUACAAGUAUGCUUGGAGGUCGGGGUUUCAAACUAACCUCUAACCUCAUGUAUUAAAUUAAGUUUUGGAUGUAAAUUGUCCUACACCGGUGGUUCUCAGACAUCCUGUGCCCUUCCUACAAUAUGUACAACAUUGCAAAUAGACAUGCUUCCUUUGUAUUGAAAUUGCACUUUGCACUGCAAUGUACCAAUUCAAAUAAAAUCUACUGAUGACAAACAAUAAGAUUAUCUGUGGUGUAGAUAGUUCA